UUCCUUUGUUCGGUCUAUGUCCCGAUGUGCACAGAGAAGAUUAACAUCCCCAUUGGUCCCUGUGGUGGCAUGUGUCUCUCCGUCAAAAGACGAUGCGAACCCGUCUUGAAAGAAUUUGGAUUUGCCUGGCCGGACAGUCUGAACUGCAGCAAAUUCCCACCCCAAAAUGAUCACAACCACAUGUGCAUGGAGGGUCCAGGUGAUGAGGAGGUCCCCCUUCAUAGCAAGACAUCCUUGCAGCCUGGAGAAGAGUGCCACAGCAUGGGAUCUAACUCGGAGCAGUACAUUUGGGUGAAGAGAAGCUUGAACUGCGUCCUAAAGUGUGGCUACGACGCCGGUCUCUACAGCCGCUCGGCCAAGGAGUUCACAGAUAUCUGGAUGGCCGUGUGGGCCAGUCUUUGCUUCAUCUCGACUGCCUUCACAGUCCUGACCUUCCUGAUUGAUUCAUCCAGAUUUUCCUACCCGGAGCGCCCAAUCAUAUUUUUAAGCAUGUGCUACAAUAUUUAUAGCAUUGCUUAUAUUGUGAGGCUAACUGUGGGCCGGGAAAGGAUAUCCUGUGAUUUUGAAGAGGCAGCAGAACCUGUUCUUAUCCAAGAAGGUCUUAAGAACACAGGAUGUGCUAUAAUUUUCUUGCUGAUGUAUUUUUUCGGGAUGGCUAGCUCCAUCUGGUGGGUUAUUCUCACAUUGACAUGGUUUCUGGCCGCAGGGCUCAAGUGGGGCCACGAAGCUAUAGAAAUGCACAGCUCUUAUUUCCAUAUCGCAGCCUGGGCUAUCCCCGCGGUGAAGACCAUUGUCAUUUUGAUUAUGAGACUGGUAGAUGCAGACGAGCUCACCGGUCUGUGCUACGUCGGGAACCAGAACCUGGAUGCGCUGACAGGUUUUGUUGUUGCUCCGCUUUUCACCUACCUGGUCAUUGGGACUUUGUUCAUUGCAGCAGGACUUGUGGCCUUAUUUAAAAUCAGGUCUAAUCUCCAGAAAGAUGGAACUAAAACUGACAAACUGGAAAGGCUGAUGGUCAAAAUCGGUGUCUUUUCUGUGCUGUACACCGUCCCAGCAACGUGUGUCAUUGCCUGUUAUUUCUACGAAAUCUCCAACUGGGCCAUUUUCCGGUAUUCGGCUGAUGAUUCCAAUAUGGCAGUGGAGAUGCUCAAAAUUUUCAUGUCCCUCUUGGUGGGUAUCACAUCGGGUAUGUGGAUCUGGUCAGCCAAAACCCUGCACACGUGGCAGAAGUGCUCCAACAGACUGGUGAACUCAGGGAAAGUGAAACGGGAGAAGAGAGCAGACGGUUGGGUGAAACCUGGGAAAGGGAAUGAGACGGUGGUAUGAGACAAGGACAACACCUCAAGGGUCUGACUGCUCCCCUGUGAAGGACUGAUCGUGUGUAAGCAUUGUGGUGUAAAUGUUGGGAGUAGUAGGGGCAUGGUUACACUACUUGUCCUUGGGGGAUGGGAAAGAAAGCCUUAAAGAAUAAUCAGAAAAAAGAUCAU